AUGCUUUUUUUCUUUUUGCCCCGCUUUCUCUUUAAUUCUCUUAUCCCUUAUCUUCUAGCUGGAAUCUCGAGCAGCCGCAAUUUAUUACUACCUCAACAGCCUAGACUUUUAGGUAACCCUCAAAUAUGCUUGCCAACGUUAAGUAAGAAGGCUUUAACACUAAGUCCAUCCACAUGCACUUGGGAAUACUUUCGUGCCAGGCGUGGACCCUUCACUCCAGCCGAGAAAAAGGGCAACCACAUGAUGUUGGCAUCUACACAUUGGAAGUUAGAGCGCAUUGUUGCCAUCAGUCUGUUAGGCAUUAUACCUGGGGCUCUUAUAGCACCUGGACCAGUGAUGGAUUGUCUUCUUUCUACUACAUUUUUGUUGCAUAGUCAUUGGGGUAUUGAUGCAGUUUUACAAGAUUACUUAGCCAAGUUUAUCCCUUGGAUUCAGAAAGUUUGGCUAGUAAUCAGCAUCGUAGCCAUACAUCUUAAAUAUAAUUGUGAUCAAUGUUUCAUUUUCUUUUUACUUUUUUUUACUUUUCUUUCUUCUUUACACUAUCAUUUUUCGUUACACUUUUCUUACCUCUUUCUUUCAUCUUCCUUUUUUCAUUCCUCUUUACUCUUUCUUUUUUCUUUACACUUUUCUUUCAUCUUUCUUCCAUCUUCCUUUUUUCAUUCCUCUUUUCUUUGUUCUUUCUUUUUUCUUUACACUUUUCUUACCUCUUUCUUUCACCUUUCUUUUUCAUUCCUCUUUGCUCUUUUUUUUUUCUUUAUACUUUUCUUUCCUCUUUCUUUCAUCUUCCUUUUUUCAUUCCUCUUUGCUCUUUCUUUUUUCUUUACAUUUUUCUUUCCUCUUUCUUUCACCUUUCUUUUUUUCAUUCCUCUUUAUUCUCUUUCUUUUUUCUUUACACAUUUCUUUCCUCUUUCUUUCACCUUUCUUUCUUUUUUCUUUUUUCAUUCCUCUUUUUUCUCUUUUUUUUUUUUUUUUUUUCUUUUUUUUCUUUCCUCUUUUUUCACCUUUCUUUUCAUUUUUUUUCUUUCCUCUUUUUUUUCUUUUUACACAUUUCUUUUUUUCUUUCAUUCUUUUUCAUUCCUCCUCUUUCUUUCACACAUUUCUUUCCUUUUUUCAUUUUUCUUUACACUCUUUCUUUUUCUUUUUACAAUUUCCUUUCCUUUUCUUUCUUUCUUUUCACCUUUCUUUUUUUCAUUUCUGCUCUUUUUUUUUUUUUCCUCUUUUCCUCUUUCUUUUUUCUUUUUCUUUCACCUUUUUUUCAUUCCUAUUUUUUUUUUUUUUUUUCUUUUUACCUUUCUUUUUUUUCUCUUUCUUUCUUUUUUUUUUAUUCUUUCUUUUCUUUCACCUUUCUUUUUCAUUCCUCUUUUCUUUUUUUUUCUUUUUUCAUUCCUUUUUUUUCUUUUUCUUUACAUUUCACCUCUUUCUUUUUUUCUUUUUUCCUUUCUUUUUCUUUUUUCUUUUCUUUCUUUUUUUUUUUUUUUCUUUCCUCUUUUCUUUUUUUCUUUACAUUUUUCUUUCCUCUUUCUUUUACCUUUCUUUUUUCAUUCCUCUUUCCUCUUUCUUUUUUCUUUACACAUUUCUUUCCUCUUUCUUUCACCUUUCUUUUUUCAUUCCUCUUUGCUCUUUCUUUUUUUUUACAUUUUCUUUCCUCUUUCUUUUACCUUUCUUUUUUCAUUCCUCUUUGCUCUUUCUUUUUUUUUUCUUUCUUUCCUUUUUUUCCUCUUUCUUUUUUUUUUCCUUUCUUUUUUUUUUUAUUCCUCUUUCUUUUCUUUCUUUUUUUUCCUUUUCUCUUUCUUUUCUUUAUUUUCUUUUCCUUUUUCUUUUACCUUUCUUUUUUCAUUUCCUUUCUUUUUCUUUUCUUCCUUUUUUUUUUUUUUUCAUUUCUUUCCUCUUUUUCUUUACAUUUUUCCUUUUUUUUUUCAUUUCCUUCUUCAUUUUCUUUUUUUUUUUCUUUACAUUUUUCACCUUUCUCCUUUUUUUCUUUUCUUUACACUUUCUUUUCUUUUUCAUUCCUCUUUUCUUCCUCUUUCUUUCAUUUUUUUUUUCAUUUCUUUUUGCCUCUUUCUUUUUCUUUACCUUUCUUUUUUUCUUUCACCUUCAUUCUCUUUGCUCUUUCUUUUUUUUUUAAUUUUCAUUUCUUUCUUUUUUUUCUUUACCUUUUCUUUUUUUCAGAUCUUUCUUUUUUCCUCUUUUGCUUUUUUCUUUACAUUUUUCUUUUUCUUUUUUCUUUUUUUCUUUUACGCUUUCUUUUUUUUUUCCUCUUUUCCUUUUUUUUCUUUUUUUUCUUUUUUCAUUUUUUUCUGCUUUUCUUUUCUUUCCUUCUUUUUUUUCCUUUUUGCUCUUUCUUUUUUUUGUUUCAUUCACUUUUCUUUCCUCUUUCUUUUUUUCUUUCUCUUUCUUUCCACCUUUCUUUUUCAUUCUCUUUUUCUUUUUCUUUUUUUUUUUUCUUUUUUUUUUCUUUUUUUUUUUUUUUUUCUCUUUCUUUUUUUUUCAUUUUCCUUUUUUCAUUCCUUUUUUUUUUCAUUCCUUUUGCUCUUUUCUUUUUUUUACCUUUUCUUUCAUUCCACAUCUUUUUUUUCUUUUUUUUUUCUUUACACCCUUCCUUUUUCAUUCCUCUUUUUUUUUUUUUUUUUUUUUCUUUCCUCUUUUUUUUACCUUUUUUUUUCUUUACACAUUUCUUUCCUCUUUCUUUCACCUUUCUUUUUUCAUUCCUCUUUGUUCUUUUUUUUUUUUUCUUUUAGGAUUUUCUUUUUCAUUCCUCUUUCCUCCUUUUUUUUUUUCAUUUUAAAAAUUUGCUUUUCUUUUUUUUUCUUUCUUUUUUCUUUCCUCUUUUUUUUUCAUUUCUUUGCCUUUUCUUUUUUUUUCAUUUCUUCUUUUUUCUUUUUUUCUUUUUUUUUUUUUUUGCCUUUCUUUUCUUUCCUUUCUUUUCAUUUUUCUUUCUUUUCUUUUGCUCUUUUUUUUCACUUUCUUUUUUUUUUUUCAUUCCUUUUUCUUUCCAGAUUUUUCUUUUUUUCUUUUCAUUUUUUUUUUUUCUUUUUUUUUUUCUUUCCAUUCCUCUUUCUUUCUUUUUUGCUCUUCUUUCUUUUUUUUUCAUUUUUCAUUCCUCUUUCUUUUUUUUUUUUUUUUUUUUUUUUCUUUUUUCCUUUUUCUUUUUUCUUUCUUUUCUUUCCUCUUUCUUUCACCUUUCUUUUUUUUUUUCUCUUUUUUUUUUUUUUCUUUUUUUUUUUCCUUUUUCAUUCCUUUGUUUCUUUCUUUUUUUUUUCUUUUCUUUUUUUUUCCAUUUCUUUUCAUUUUUGCCUUUUUUUUUUUCUUUUUUUUUUCUUUUUUCAUUUUGUUUUUUCUUUUUUUCUUUCAUUUUUUUUUUCUCUCUUUUUUUUUUUCCUUUCUUUUUCAUUUUUUCUUUUCUCUUUCCUUUUUUAUCUUUCUUUUUUCAAAAAUUUUCUUAACUUUUCUUUUUUUUUCUUUCUUUUUCUUUUUUUCUUUCAUUCCUCUUUUCUUUUUUUUUCUUUUUUUUUUUUUCUUUUCUUUCCUCUUUCUUUCACCUUUUAUUUUUCUUUGAUCUUUUCUUUUUCUUUUUUUUUUCCUUUUUCUUUUUUCCUUUUGCUCUUUUUUUUCUUUACUUUUCUUUCUUUUCUUUCUUCCUUUUUCAUUCCUCUUUGCUUUUUUCUUUUUUUUUCUUUUUUUCUUUCUUUUCAUUCCUUUUUUCUUUUACUUUUUUUUUUGACUCCUUCCUUUUUCUUUUUUUUUUUCUUUUUUUUUUUCUUUCCUCUUUUUCUUUUUUUUUUUUUUUCAUUUCCUCUUUUCUUUUUUUUUUUUCUUUUCUUUGCUUUUUUCAUUCCUUUUUUUCCUUUUCUUUCCUUUCUUUUUCAUUUUUUUUCUUUUUCUUUUUCUUUUCUUUUUUUCUUUUUUUUUCCUCUUUUCACCUUUUUUUCCUUUUACUUUUCUUUUUAUUUACAUUUUCUUUCUUUUUACUCUUUUUCAUUUUUUUGCCUUCCUUUUUCUUUUUACACUUUUUUCUUUUUUACCUUUCUUUUUUUCAUUCCUCUUUUGCUCUUUCUUUUUUUCUUUUACAUUUCUUUCCUUUUCUUUUCCUUUCUUUCUUUUUCCUCUUUGCUUUUUUUUUUUUCUUUACACUUUUCUUUCCUUUUACUUUCUUUCCCUUUCUUUUUUUUUUCUUUUUUUCUCUUUCUUUUUUUUUUUUUUUUUGCUUUCCUCUUUUCUUUCAUCUUUCUUUUUUCUUUUUCCUCUUUUGCUUUCUUUUUCUUUUUUUCUUUUUACUUUUCUUUCCUUUUCAUUCCUUUUCCUUUCUUUUUUCAUUCCUCUUUACUCUUUCUUUUUUUCUUUUCCUUUUCUUUCUUUUUUUUCUUUCUUUUUACCUUUCUUUGCUCUUUCUUUUUUUUUUUUUUCUUUUCUUCUUUCAUUUUUUCCUUUCUUUUUAAUUCCUUUUUCUUUUCUUCUUUUUCUUUCUUUUCUUUUUCUUCUUUUCUUUCAUUUUUCUUUUUUUUUUUCUUUUCUUUUCUUUUCUUUCCUUUUCUCUUUUUCUUUUUUUCUUUCUUUUCCUUUUUCUUUCCUCUUUGCUUCUUUUUUUUUUCUUUUUUUUUUUUACUUUUCUUUUUCAUUCUUCUUUUUUUUUUUUUUUUUCUUUCUUUCUUUUUUUUCAUUCAUUUCCUUUUUUCUUUUUUUUUCUUUUUCUUUUUUUUUUUUUUUCUUUUUUUUUCCUUUUCUUUUCUUCUUUCUUUCAUUUUUUCAUUUUUUCAUUCCUCUUUGCUCUUUCUUUUUUCUUUACACUUUCUUUCCUCUUUCUUUCACCUUUCUUUUUUUUCUUUCCUUUUUUUCUUUUUUUUCUUUUUUUUUUUUUCAUUCUUUUCUUUCCUUUUUUCUUUUAUUCUUUUCUUUUUUUCUUUCCUCUUUGCUCUUUCUUUUUUUUCUUUUCUUUUUCUUUCAUUUUCACCUUUCUUUUUUUCAUUCCUCUUUCUUUCAAAUUUUCUUUCUUUUCUUUUUCUUUUUUUUUUUAUACUUUUCUUUCCUCUUUUUUCAUUCCUCUUUUUUCAUUUCUUUUGCUCUUUCUUUUUUUUUACUUUUUCUUUUUUCCUUUUUCCUUUUUCUUUUCUUUUUUCUUCUUUACUUUUCUUUUUUUUUCAUUCCCCUCUUUGCUUUUUUUUUUUUUUCUUUUCUUUCUUUUCUUUCUUUUUUUUUCAUUUCCUUUUUUCUUUCUUUUUCUCUUUUUUUUACUUUUCUUUCCUUUUCUUUCCUUUUUCUUUUUUUCCUUUUUUUUUAUCUUUUUUUCUUUCACUUUCUUUUUUUUUUUUUUUUUUUUUUUCUUUUUCUUUUUUUUCAUUUCUUUUUUUUUUUUUUUCUUUUUUUCCUUUCUUUUUUUUUCUUUUUUUUCCUUUUCUUUCACCUUUUUUUUCUUUCACCUUUUUUUUUACAUUUCUUUUUUUCACCUUUUUUCUUUUUCUUUUGCUCUUUCUUUUUCUUUCCCUUUUUUCACCUUUCUUUUUUCUUUUUGCUUUUGCUCUUUUUUUUUUUUUUUUUCUUUUCUUUUUGUUUCUUUCUUUUUUUUUUUUUUUUUUCCAUUUUUUCUUUGCUCUUCUUUUACCUUUCUUUCUUUUUUAUUUUUCUUUCUUUUUUCUUUCUUUUUUUCAUUUUUUCUUUUUUUCUUUCUUCUUUUUUUUUCUUUUUUCUUUUUCUUUUCUCUUUCUUUCACCUUUCUUUUUUUUCAUUCCUCUUUUUUUCUUUUUUUCUUUCUUUUUUCUUUUACAUUUUCUUUUUUCUUUUUUCAUUUCUUUUUCUUUUUCAUUUUUCUUUUCCUCUUUCUUCUUUUUUUUUUUUUUUCUUUCCUCUUUCUUUCACCUUUGUUUUUUCUUUCUUUUUCUUUUUUCUUUUUUCUCUUUUUUCUUUUUCCUGUUUCUUUUUGCUCUUUCUUUUCCUUUCUUUUUCUUUCUUUCCUUUCUUUUUUCCUUUUUUUUCAUUUUUUUUCUUUUCUUUUCCUUUCUUUUUUCAUUCCUUUCUUUUUCUUUUUUCUUUUUUUCAUCUUUUUUUUCAUUUCUCUUUCUUUCUUUCACCUUUCUUUUUUCUUUCCUUUUUUUCUUCCUUUUUUUCUUUUUCUUUUUUUUCCUCUUUCUUUUUUCACCUUUUUUUUCAUUUUCUUGCCUCUUUGCUCUUUCUUUUUUUUCUUUAUUUUUUCUUUUUACCUUUUUUUUCCUUUUCUUUUUUUUCCUCUUUUCUUUUUUUUUUUUACCUUUUUUCCUCUUUCUUUUUUUCUUUUUUUCUUUUUGCUUUUUUAUCUUUUCUUUUUUUUUUUUUUCUUUUCCUUUUUUUGCCUUUUUUCUUUUUUUUUUUUUUCUUUCUUUGCUUCUUUCUUUUUUUCUUUUCUUUGCUCUUUUCUUUUUUCUUUCCUCUUUUUUUUCACCUUUCUUUUUCAUUCCUCUUUUCUUUUUUUUUUUUUUUUCCUUUUCUUUCAUUUUCUUUUCUUUCCUUUCUUUCUUUUCUUUUUCUUUUUACAUUUCUUUUUUCUUUCUUUCACCUUUUCUUUUUUUCUUUGCUCUUUUUUUUCUUUUUUUAGGAAGGUUUCUUUCUCUUCCUUUUUUCUUUUUUCUUUUUUUCUUUCCUUUUUUCCUCUUUCUUUUUUUUUUUCCUUUUUUCUUUCCUUCUUUCUUUUUUUUCUUCUUUUCUUUUCUUUCCUUUUUUUUCUUUUCUUUCAUUCUCUUUGCCUUUUUUUUCUUUCCUUUCUUUUUUUCUUUUUCUUUUUUCACUCUUUUCCUCUUUUUUUUUCUUUUUUCUUUCUUUUUUUCAUUUCCUCUUUCCUUUUUUUCAUUCUCUUUCUUUUUUUUUCUUUUUUUUCUUUUCCUCUUUCUUUUUUUUCUUUCUUUUUUUCAUUCCACUUUCCUUUGCUCUUUCUUCCUUCUUUCUUUUCCUUUCCUCUUUUUCUUUUUCAUUUCCUUCUCUUUGUUUUUUUUUUCCUCUUUUCUUUCCCUUUCUACCACCUUUCCUUUUCAAUUUUCCUUUUGCUUUUCUUCCUUCUUUUUUUUUCCUUUCCUCUUUUUCUUUUUCAUUUCCUAUAAACCAAAUUAUAUUUUUAUAAAAUUAUAA